UAGUAGGUAAAAUCAUAGUCAUCUCUCUAUUCCAAUUCCGCCAUCCUCGGUUACUACUGUUAACAACAAUCACAGUUCGUGAAUCUUUCAACUCAAGCCUGAGGUCAGAUUCUUUGCUUCCAACAUGGACGAACAAAUCCCAUUUAAGAAUCUCCAUAGCAGAGAGUAUUCGGGUCACAAGAAGAAGGUGCAUUCUGUGGCCUGGAAUUGCAUUGGCACAAAACUUGCUUCUGGUUCUGUGGAUCAAACCGCUCGAAUCUGGCAUAUUGAGCCACACGGGCAUGGUAAGGUCAAAGAUAUUGAAUUGAAGGGUCAUACUGAUAGUGUUGAUCAGCUAUGCUGGGACCCCAAACAUGCUGAUCUGAUUGCAACUGCAUCCGGCGACAAGACUGUUCGAUUGUGGGAUGCUCGUAGUGGAAAAUGCUCUCAACAGGCAGAACUUAGUGGGGAGAAUAUCAACAUCACCUACAAACCUGAUGGGACUCAUGUAGCUGUAGGUAAUAGGGAUGAUGAAUUAACAAUACUGGAUGUUCGGAAGUUUAAGCCAAUUCAUAGGCGCAAGUUCAAUUAUGAGGUCAAUGAGAUUGCUUGGAAUAUGACGGGUGAAAAGUUCUUUCUAACAACAGGAAAUGGGACUGUGGAAGUACUGUCUUACCCAUCUCUUCAACCUCACGAUACUCUCAUGGCUCAUACCGCUGGUUGUUAUUGUAUUGCAAUUGACCCAAUAGGAAGAUAUUUUGCUGUUGGAAGUGCUGAUUCCCUUGUCAGCCUUUGGGAUAUCUCAGAGAUGCUCUGUGUGCGUACCUUCACAAAGCUGGAAUGGCCUGUCCGGACAAUUAGCUUCAAUUAUACUGGCGAUCUUAUUGCUUCUGCAAGUGAAGACUUGUUCAUUGAUAUUUCAAAUGUUCAAUCUGGAAGAACAGUGCAUCAAAUUCCUUGUAGGGCUGCUAUGAACAGUGUUGAGUGGAAUCCCAAGUACAAUUUGCUUGCAUAUGCUGGUGAUGACAAAAAUAAGUAUCAGGCUGAUGAAGGUGUUUUUCGAAUAUUUGGUUUUGAAAGUGCUUAGUAUUUGGCAGAGGCAUCAUUUACUAGCAUUUGAGAAUGCAAACAAAGGGAAAAGAGGAUACUUCUUGUUUGUUGACAGAAUUAGUACUGGUUGUAAUGCCGGACUGAGAGCCUAAUGGAGGUUGAUUUGUAAUUUGAAUUAGAUGAUUUAGAUUAAUCUUGCUACUUUUUGUUUGCCCUUAGAACGAGACAUUCACAGAUAUGAAUAGGAUGAAAAGGAUUUUUUUAAUAGUAAUUUUAUGGAAAAAUGAAAAUCAUUCAACAGUUGCUGCUUAUUGC